GGUGAGUGAUAGCGAACCAACAUCAUUGUCAUUGGGCAAGACACAGAACAAAUACUUUAUACCACAUUUCCUGUGUGAUAUGGCUGAUUACACACUUGAAUGUAGCAGCACUGACAGUGCACAUCACAUGUGCAUAAAGUGAUGCUUGUACACCAACCUAAGUGACAGGAGUGGUCACCCUGGUCAACUCCCCCUGUUGAUGUGGUCAAGUUACUGUUGUGGUCAGUCACGAUGAACAUCUCAGUAGAGGUGGCCAGAGGGGUCAACAAUGCCACCCUGGAGAUGCUGGUCAGUCCUGUGAUGACCGUGGCUGUGCCUGUUAUUUACCUGUCUGUGUUCGUGUGCAGUACCCCCUGCAACCUGCUGUCUCUGGUAGCGCUGCUGAACGUCCAUUACAAACGCCACACUCCCACGUCUGUGUUUGCCAUCAACCUGUCGCUGGCAGACCUGCUCUACAGCGCCUUCCUGCCCCUACAGGUGUUGUACCACCUGUGGGGUAAUGACUGGCCGUGGGGCGCUGCCCUCUGUGGCCUCACCACCACAGCCCUCAACUGCAACAUGCAUUGCUCCGUCCUCACCACCUGUGCCAUUGCGCUCGAGCGCUACUGCGGUGUCGUACGCCCGCUACGCACCAAACACUGGCGCACCGCCCGGAGAGCCACCAUCACCUGCGUCCUCAUCUGGGCAUUUGUUCUGAUUACUCAGACACCCUUGAUCCUCCGUGACCUCACCCUCCGGGUCGUCGAGCUAAACAUCACGACCUGCUUCGACGUGCUUCCACGUAAACUGUUCAUUCACCAAUCAGUAGCCUAUCUCUACUUCCUAGUUGUUCUGCUGAUGUUCUACGUGUUACCUUUAGUCGUCCUGGUCAGCUGUUACGUUGCCGUGGCCAGAGGCCUGCACAGGUCGUUGCCGACGGCAGCUGAAGGCAGUGAUGGUAAGAUGGAAGUGUUGUCAAGGCGACGGGCUCAGACCACAGUCGCCUUGGCAACCCUGUGCUUUGUGGUGUGUUACCUACCAACCAUCACCCUUCAUGGCCUGCACGUAGUCUUCCACACCCAGGGCAAGAGCCUGUACAGAUACUAUAAACUAGCGCUGAGCAUCAACAGCCUCAACUGCUGCUUUGACCCGUUUGUGUACUACUUUGCGUCGAGGGAGUUUCGUCUGGCUCUGAGGAGGCUGCUGGGGCGGUGUGUCCCACUGGGAGAGGGGGAGGAGCUUGGGACCUCUGAGCUGGUGUCCAUGACUGGGGAGCCUAGGGAAUCUAAGGACCACUACUUGGCCGUAGUUGAUCACUAGAUAGUCAUGCUGGAAUGGACUCAGUAUGCAGAUGCCAUAGCAAAAGACCCAAACUCUAUUUUGUUAUUUUAUGGACAGACCCUGUGUGGUCUUCAUUAUAAAGCAGUUUAUGCAAUUGUUGUCGAUGCUAAUUUUUAUAGUUAUUCUGCCUUCAUUCCGUUGACAUUUAUUAUUGAAUAAAUCUUAGACAUGCA